AUGCGUGAGCCCAAUUUCAGUUUUCCUGCACAAAACAGAGCAACGGUUGUCAUCUCAUCUGCACUCUACGAUCGACGGGCGUUGGACUGCACAGCAACGUUACCACUUGUGAAUUCGCUUACACAUCUUGCAUACAUGACAUCAACGUCACCCCGUAUACGAGAAAUCCUUGCAGCUGAUGGUGGUUUGGAACGACUUGUCAAGAUACUCGCGACUUGUCAGCAUACAGACCGACAUUCGUUAUGGAAGUGGUCUCUUGCGUUUCAGUGUGUAGUCAACGUUGGUGUCAGAGGCACUGAGGCUAUACGUAGUCGUGUGGUGGAAACGGGAGCAGUACAGGUAGUGCUGUCUAUCCUAGAGAACUUUUUACAAGCAUUGGAACAAGCGAGGAAUGAAAGUGAGCAAGAACGCAAUCAUCAGCAGCAGCAACAGCAUCAACAACAGCAGCAAUCUAUUCCACCCUCAUCCAAUGUAUCCUUUACUGCUGCUGCCAAUGCUACUACUACUACACUUCCACCUACGCAAUCAAGAUCUACGCCUAUCAUCACUUCAAGCACGAUCACAUCUCCUUCACCACGGAGUCUUUUCAGCCCAACUGCAUUGAAUAGCAACAACAACAAUGAGGAACCAUCAUCAUCGUUAUCAUCGAUUUCAAUUGAAAGACCAUUUGCAUCUCCACCAAGGCGACGCACUUUUCUCACUCGAAGUCCAAAGCAGAAAUUCAAACCUGCCGAUCCAUCUUUAUCAUCGAUACCAAUGCUCAACAAUCUAUCAUCGGAUGCUGUUUUACAUCGAGAAGAGGAUAUCCUGUUGUCAUUGCAGCUAUUGGCCUAUCUUUCCAAAUACCCCCAUAUUCGAGAAUCAUUUCACAAGAACUAUCGCCGCAAUAUCUUUUCUGUUGUCGAGAGAUUCACCCAUCGAUUGCAUCCUACCAAUGUCACUUAUUGGGCCAGUGUGAUUAUGCGCAACGCUUGUAGAAAGGAUGAAGCACGAGGUGGGAUUCGUCAAUGUGCUUACAUGCAUUGCGGCAAAUGGGAACGAUUUCCUCGUGAAUUUGCAAAAUGUCGUCGAUGUCGCAAAGCAAAGUAUUGUUCCAAACAAUGCCAAUCGAGAGCAUGGCAAGAAGGACAUCGAUGGUGGUGUGUAGAACGACAUCAUGCACCCAACACGACCACUACCACAGCAACGCAAGAUCAACAACAACAACAAACAGCUACAACAGCUGCUACUACUGCUACUGCUACCACGACGACAACAACAGCCACUACUCAUGGUGAUGGUGGUGGUGAUGGCAACAAUACCAAUCUUGCAGUAACCACAGCUACGCCAACUCCGCCUACAGCGACAACUCCCACGACGACAACCCAUACUGUUGCGACUGCAUCACCACCAGCAGACACGGCUCAAGUGAUGCCCUUGGAUACCACUCAACAUGGCACGGCACCGGAUGUCUUGCCCAUUCAGCUUGAUGGCACAAAUCAACAAAACGAUAUGGAUGUUGAACCUCCCAACACUGUUAAUGAUACCACAACCACGACAACAACAACACAUCAUUCAAUUACCACCCAUCAUCAUCAUUCAUCCAAUCCUGAUAACACAAGCAGUAGCAAUGAUCACCAUCAUCAUCAUCAUCAUCACCAUCCAUCGUCAUCGUCUUCUUCUUUGUUGACGGAUCCAUCCCGAAGACGUCGCAAUUCCCGUAUCACCCACAGUGUUCCUUCAGGUUCAUCUACAGAAGCAGAGGCUGAUGCUGCCGAUAGCAGUGGUGGUGGUGGUGGAUCUGAACCUUUACGUGAUCUCAUGGAUAUCGAUUAA